AUGGACUUCUUAGGAAUUAAAAACAAUAAAUUUAUUAAGAAUAAAGAACAUCUUUAACAAUAAGAGGAAAUAUGUAUGGGAGAUAAUCAUCUAUUGCAAUUAGAAAUUGAAACUCAUAUUAUUGUACCAAAAUCACCAAAUUUCAAAUUCAUUUAAACAAUCAAACGAAAAAGAAAUCAUUGA